AUGGGCUGGAGCGCACUCUUCCUACUCCUGGCGCUGUGGCACCGGCAGCUCCCACCUCUCUCUGCCCACUGCUUUGGCUUGAGAGCCGGGAAGACCCUGACAGGGCUGGGCUGGUGGCUGGUUGCCCAGACCUGGGAGACGUCCCAGCCGCCCUCCGGCUCCCUGGCGGCCCCCAAGAUUCCGGGAGAGGAGUGGCGGAGGCUGGUGGGACGGCUGAUGGAGGGUGGGCCCCAUGAUGCUAUAUCCGUUACCUGUUACUCUGAUAGGCUGGUGGCCCACGUAAGCAAGGACAUCCUGGCGUUUGCUUGCACCCCACCCAGUCUGGCCAGGGGCCCCCAACAUCCCCAGCCCCGCCGCCCACUCUUCAGCCUGGAGGUCUACGGCUCUGACGCCUUUCACAAGCUCCCUGGGCCAUGCACUGUGCCCGCCGACAGCCAUGUCUUUGUGGAGGCUGCCCUGGCUCGGCCCUCCCCCAACCAGGGCCUCUCCCUGCGCCUCUGCUUCGUGUCACCCUCUUCGGACCCAGCCCGGCACUCCCCCUUCCUGGUGUUGCGCAGAGGCUGUCCGGCAGAGCCCUCCGUGACUUUCUUCUCGGCGUCCCCUGGAGCCCCAUACCGCGCCCGCCUCAGCUUCCGACUGCGACCACUCUUCAACGCCUCCGUGCAGUUUCUGCACUGCCAGCUGGGGCUCUGCUACCAGGGCACUGCCCCACACGGUCCCCACCAGCCCCCGCCGGAUGAGGCCUGUAAGGAUGGUGGCAGCAGCGAGGAAGAGAGCGAGGAGUCUUGGGGGCGAGGCCGGAACCCGCGCACUCUGUCCCAGCCCAUCAUCGUCACCGUGCCUUGGCCCCCCGGGCCUCCCGCCAGCCUGCCCUGGAUUCUGGAAGGGGAGUGGGCUGGAGUCCAGGACACCUGGGAUCUGAGGGGAGAGCAAGGCUGGCCGAAGGAGGGGGUCCUACGCAAGGAUCCAUCCUCCCCCGUCUCCCACGGACUGGAGUUGGCCCCCGUAGUGGGCAUCACCGUGUCGGCUUUUGUGCUGGGCGCUGCUCUCUCCGCUGGGCUCAUCCUCAUCCACAUCCGCACAGGCCAGCUCAAUGAGUCCUCGGACUGA